UUUUCCUUUACGUCACUUUUAAAUUUAGCCUUAAACAGGACUUACUACAAUUUUUCUCAGUUAGGAAUAAACCUGUUGGACGCUGAACAAUUCGCAGAUAUGAAAAGUAUUCUUAAGAAUAGAGGUGUGAAUAUUCAGAGAAGUAGCAGUUUAGAUACAAAACAUCAAACCAAUGAAUCAGUUGACGAAGAAGAUGAAAAUGAUCGAAUUGAAUCUGAAAAAUCUGGAAAAUCCGAAAAGAAACGUGCAUUUAUUCGUGAUGAACAUGGAGUUUGUAGACCUGGUGAAUUAGAUGAAGAUACAAAUAUGAGUAAAAAUCAUGAAUCACGAUCGUCUGUUGUAGAUCGUACUGCUGCAGAACGAAUUUCAUAUCGUUUGGUUCAACAGCGUAGUUUAGAUUUCGGAUUGUAUCAUAAACUGAAUAAUUUCAACAUUGAUUCAAACAACAGUCCUAUUCAAUCUGGUAGUCAAAUUUCGGAGAAUGAUGAUAAUUCUAAUGUAAGUAACAGAUUAAAAAAAGAUAAUAACGAAUACUAUGAUGAUAAUGAUAAUGAUGAUAGCGGUGAUAUUCAACAUGAUGAAUCAUUCCGUAAUAUAGAUUUGGAACAUGAAGAAGAAGAAGAAGAAGAUAAUAGUACUAUUCAAAAUGAUGAAUUCUACACAAAUCCUAAAAUUAAAGAACUUGGCAAAGAAUUCACAUUAAAAGAUAUUUUAGGUCAUCGUGUACCAGAACUAGAAAUUGACAUUAUAAAAGAUGAUGAAGAGAUGGGACAGAAUGAAUAAAAAAGAAAAUUAACCCACGCACCCACCCACCUAUGCACACGCACACACACAGUCAUCAAGUAAAUAGUAUGACAUUAUCCAAAAUGAAAAAUGCAUUUCCAUAGAAAAAAAAAACAAACAUUUUAAACCCCAUUUAAACUAUUUAUUUCUAAAGUCAACGCAUUUACAUUGUUGAAUUUUGUUGUUCACUGUUUUCUUUUCUUUUUUUUCUUCAUUCAACAUGUACAUUCACAAACUCAUAAUUCCUCUUCGAUGAUAAAUUUUUCAUAGAGGUCCAACCUUUAUCAUUUAAAAAUACCACAGACAGAAAGAGAGAGAGAGAGAGGGAGGGAAAAGAAAGAAAGAAAGAAAGAAAAAUUAUCAUUAUUAAAAUGAAUGGAAUAGUUUUCCGUCCGUUUUUCUUUCUUUCUUUCAUGCUCAUUAUUGUUGUGUUUUUUGGUAUUUUGUUUUCUCUUCUUUUCUUUUCCUCUCUGUUUUUCUCUUUCUUUUUACUUUUAUUUAAUAAAUAAGCAAAGCAGAACUUUGUUCUAUAUAUGAGUUUUUUUAGUAUUUAACUAAAGAAAUAUGAUUGUUAGGAUAAGUUUAUUUGAACAUUUUGUAAAUGGAAUGUAGUCAUUAAAACAAAACAAAACAAAACAUUAUUAUCAUUAAAAGGGAAUGUUUCAUUUAGUUAAGUAUUUGUAUUUUAGUUUGUAUACUUAAUUUGAAGAAAAAAAAUAAACUUUUUGACUUGUACAAA